UGCGGUCCUCGGGCGACUCUCGCCGUCCAGCCGGCCAUGGUCCCGCUGCGGGGCUGCGGCCGCUGGGUGGCGGCUUCCCUGCACCUGCCGUGGCGGGCGCGGCUCAGCAGCGGCGACUGCGCGGCGCCCCGGACGCCCCGCUUCGACGUGCUGGUGGUCGGCGGGGGACACGCGGGGAGCGAGGCGGCGGCUGCGGCCGCGCGCUGCGGCGCCCGGACUCUGCUGCUCACGCACCGCGUGGACACGAUCGGUCAGAUGUCCUGUAAUCCUUCCUUUGGCGGCAUCGGAAAGGGACAUUUAAUGCGGGAAGUGGAUGCACUGGAUGGCCUCUGCGGGCGGGUCUGUGACCAGUCCGGUGUACACUACAAGGUCCUCAACCGGCGGAAGGGCCCCGCCGUGUGGGGUCUCAGGGCCCAGAUCGAUCGGAAGCUCUAUAAGCAGAACAUGCAGAAAGAGCUCCUGGGCACCCCGCUGCUGACGGUCCAGGAGGGAGCAGUGGAAGACCUCAUCCUCGAGGAGGCAGAGCCCGGGCACCCCGGCAAGUGCCGCGUCAGUGGUGUCGUUUUGGUGGAUGGAAGUGCUGUCUAUGCGGACAGCGUGGUUCUGACGACGGGAACGUUUCUGAGAGGCGUGGUCAUGCUUGGACUGGAGACGCAUCCAGCGGGACGUUUCGGGGAUCAGCCCUCCAUAGGUUUAGCUCAGACUCUGGAGAAGCUGGGAUUUGUGGUGGGAAGACUGAAGACUGGGACGCCGCCACGAAUCGCCAAAGAGUCUAUUAAUUUCAGCAUCCUGAACAAGCAGGCACCGGAUAACCCAUCCACCCCAUUCAGCUUUAUCAAUGAGACUGUGUGGAUUAAGCCAGAAGAUCAGCUGCCUUGCUAUUUGACUCACACCAACCCUAAAGUGGAUGAAAUUAUCCUUGAGAACCUUCACCUCAAUAAUCACAUUAAAGAAACUACAAGAGGACCCCGAUACUGUCCCUCCAUUGAAUCCAAGGUUCUGCGUUUUCCAAACCGUCUACAUCAGGUUUGGUUGGAACCUGAAGGAUUGGACUCUGACCUCAUUUAUCCUCAAGGGUUAUCUGUGACGCUACCUGCUGAGUUACAGGAGAAAGUAAUCACCUGCAUCAGAGGCUUGGAGAAAGCCAAAAUGGUCCAGCCAGGCUACGGCGUUCAGUAUGAUUACUUAGAUCCGCGUCAGAUCUCGCCUUCUCUUGAGACUCACCUGGUACAGCGGCUCUUUUUUGCUGGACAGAUAAAUGGCACCACUGGUUAUGAGGAAGCUGCCGCGCAGGGGGUGGUUGCUGGAAUCAAUGCCAGUCUUCGGGUCAGGCGCAAGCCUCCGUUUGUCAUCAGCCGGACCGAAGGCUACAUCGGAGUUUUGAUUGAUGACCUCACCACUCAGGGCACCAACGAGCCCUACCGCAUGUUCACCAGCCGAGCGGAGUUCCGUUUGUCACUGCGCCCUGACAAUGCUGACAGCAGGCUCACGUUUCGAGGAUACGAGGAAGCCGGCUGUGUGUCUCAGAAGCGCUACGAACGGGCUUCCUGGAUGAGGUCUUCUUUAGAGGAAGGCAUUUCUGUACUCAAAUCCAUUGAGUUUUCAAAUAUCAAAUGGAAAAGCCUCAUUCCUGAGGCUUCUAUAAGUACCGGUAAAAAUCAGCCUCUCAGAGCUCUAGAUGUUCUGAAGUAUGAGGAAGUUGACAUGGAGUUGUUAGCCAAAGCUGUUCCGGAGCCCUUGAAGAAGUACACUGGGUGCAGAGAGCUAGCUGAAAGGCUGAAAAUUGAAGCCACCUAUGAAUCAGUGUUGCUCCAUCAGCAGCAAGAAAUAAAGGAAGUUCAGCGAGAUGAAGCUCUCCAGCUGCCCGGAGACUUAGACUAUUUGACGCUCAGGGAAAUCUCCUUGUCUGAUGAAGUCAGAGAGAAGCUCCACCUCAGCCGCCCGCAGACGAUUGGGGCUGCCAGUCGGAUACCCGGGGUGACACCUGCUGCCAUCGUCAAUCUGCUCCGGUUCGUGAAGAGCACCCAGCAGAGACAGGCAGCCAGGAGCAGAGGGACCGACGCCCGUGAGAAGAGCCGUCUCUAGCCUGCUGCUCAGAGAGGCCUCUUCAUCGAUACCCAGUGGAAACAAGACGUACUUCUAUUUAGCCCAUGUGGAUACUAUUGGCUUAUUAGAAGUAAUAAUCCUAUGAGUGUGUCUACAGUUAUGAAUAAGAUGGAGAUUAUAAUUGUGCCUUGUAUAUCAGGAAAAAAAAGAGCUAUAAAUUCUUAAUUUAUACUUUUUGGGGGGAGGUGGGUGAUACCAGGUUUCAAACCCUGGCAUGCAAAGCCUGUUCUGUCUGAGCUCCAUCCUUAGCCCCUUAAUUUAUACUUCUUCCUUCAGUGCUCUAUUAAUAUGACUCUGUGAAUUUAUUGAAGUAAAUGUGCUACUAUCAAAGAGAGAUUUAAUGGACCUAAAAUUCAGC